AUGAGCACCAGCCUUGCGCUUUUGCGACCUGGCGAGCCUCCCCUGGACCUGGGCAGUAUCCCCUGGUUGGGCCAUGCCUUGGAGUUUGGAAAAGAUGCGGCCAGCUUCCUCACUAGGAUGAAGAAGAAGCAUGGUGAUAUCUUUACUGUGCUGGUGGGCGGCAGGUAUGUGACCGUGCUCCUGGACCCGCACUCCUAUGACGCGGUGGUGUGGGAGCCUCGCACCAAGCUGGACUUCCACGCCUAUGCUGUCUUCCUCAUGGAGAGGAUUUUUGAUGUGCAGCUCCCGCAUUACAGCCCCAGUGAUGAAAAGGCCAAGAUGAAACCGACCCUCCACAGGGACCUCCAGGCACUCACGGACGCCAUGUAUACCAACCUCCGCACCGUCCUGCUGGGCGACACCACAGAAGAGGCCGGUGGCUGGCGUGAGAUGGGUCUCCUCGAUUUCUCCUACAGCUGCCUGCUCAGCCCUUUGCUUUUCCUCUCUUUAGGUUAUUUCCCAGUGUCUCCUGAAUGCCGCUGUGCUGAGUCUGCUCGUAGAUGUCCCCCAGGGCGCGCGGGCUGGCGUUGCUUUGGGAUCGGACCCUGGGAAGGGAGAAUGCCGCUCUGUGUUUCGUGUUCCUUCCCCUGCUGCGUAAGAAGCACCAUUCACUUAAGGCGUACUGACGGGGCACCAACAGUGGGCCAGGUGCUGGACACACAGAUACGAAUAAAACCGAAAAGGCCCUUUACUCCUGUCCCCUGGCGGCAGGGAGGACGGAGAAUAACAGGGGAUAAGGACCGCGCGUGCCAAGUCAAAGGUCGCCUGUGGAAGCUGCUGUCCCCGGCCCGGCUGGCUACCCGGGCCCACCGGAGCCGCUGGCUGGAGAGUUACCUGCUGCACCUGGAGGAGACAGGCACGGCGGAGGCCAUGCAGGCUCGGGCCAUGGUGCUGCAGCUCUGGGCCACACAGGGGAAUAUGGGUCCUGCUGCCUUCUGGCUUCUGCUCUUCCUCCUCAAGAAUCCCGAGGCCCUGGCGGCUGUCCGUGGAGAGCUCGAGCAGCUCCUCUCCAGAGCGGAGCAGCCCAUUUCGCAGAUGACCACCAUCCCCCAGAAGGUUUUGGACAGCAUGCCUGUGCUCGAUAGCGUGCUGAGUGAGAGCCUCAGGCUCACCGCUGCGCCCUUCAUUACCCGGGAGGUUGUGGUGGACCUGGCCCUGCCCAUGGCAGACGGGCGGGAAUUCAGCCUGAGACGUGGAGACCGCCUCCUCCUCUUUCCCUUCCUGAGUCCCCAGAAAGACCCGGAAAUCUACACAGACCCAGAGGUAAAUUACAUACUAGGGACCAUGGGGGAAAAAAUCAGUGGCUUUGGGACUAGCCAAAUCUGAGUGGCAGCCCACUUCUGCUCUUUGUUUUCUGUGUGACCAUGCCCAGAUUCCUUCACCUGUCUGUUUUCUCACCAGUGAAAUGGACCUCAUAAUAGCACCUGCCUCACAGGGUUGUCAGGAAGAUUAAAUGAGAAUAUGUAAGAAAGGCCUUCACAGUGCCUGGCACACAUGGAGUGCUUUGUAAGCGAUAGCUGAGCAAUUUUCCUUUUAUUGGAAUGUUACAAUGUCAGCUUCUCAACACUUUUCUCUCUCCCUGGACUUUGAGAUGGGUCAAACUUUCACAGUUUCUAACAGAUUUGGGUGCUUACCCUGUGCCAGGACCUAUGCUGUAUAUUCAUCCAU